AUGCUGGGCAUGUACGUGCCGGACAGGUUCUCCCUGAAGUCCUCCCGGGUUCAGGACGGGAUGGGGCUCUACACGGCCCGCAGAGUGAGAAAGGUGGGUGACCCGGCGGCAGCCUGCGCGCCCCUGCUCCUGCCGCGCUCUGUGCGCCUCCCGGGGUCGCCCCUCCUCAGGGCUGGGGGCUCUGCGGGCGUCCCUGCCGUCGCCCCUAGCCGGGGCCGACCGGGACCCCCGCGGGAAGGCCGGGGCCGACGGGGCGGCCUUCGCCUGCCGCGUCUCCCGAGCGGGCAGCGCCACGUAAGUGCCUGCGGGGCGCGCUCUGCUCCCGGUCGGUCCAGGGGCGGAACUGCCGCGGGCCGCCCUGCACCAAGAGGUCUUUCCUUUCCCCUGCAGGAAGUGAGUCCGGAUGGAGCCUCCCUCUUCCUCGGUGCUGGGAGUGAGCUGCGUCUUUGCGUUGGCGGAGCCGCGCGUGGGCGGGUGUCUUCACAGGCGCGCACGCAGCCCCGCCGCAGCCUUUCUUCCUUUAGGGUGAUUGGAAAUGUGAUCUAUCCCUACCAAGUUCACACUCGCACCGAACAGAUACUUUGUAAACGAGGUUUGGUGCAAACUCAGGAGCUUUUUAUAUUUCAGGUUCGUGGGAGUAAGGGAGAAGUUCUAUACAUUUUGGAUGCUACCAAUCCACGACACUCCAACUGGCUUCGCUUUGUUCAUGAGGCACCAUCUCAGGAGCAGAAGAACUUGGCUGCCAUUCAAGAAGGAGAAAACAUUUUCUAUUUGGCAAUUGAAGACAUAGAAACAGAUACAGAACUUCUGAUUGGCUACCUGGACAGUGACAUGGAGGCUGAUGAGGAAGAACAGCAAAUUAUAACAAUGAUCAAAGAAGGGGAAGUUAAAAAUUCUAAAGGACAAUCAACAGCUGGCAUAAAAGAUUGCCUUGGCUGUAAAGAGGACUAUGCUUGUCCCCAGUGUGACUCGAGUUUUACCAGUGAGGAAAUUCUUGCUGAGCACCUUCAGACAUUGCACCAGAAACCUACAGAGGAGAAAGAAUUUAAGUGCAAGAACUGUGGGAAGAAAUUCCCAGUUAAGCAGGCUUUGCAAAGACACGUUCUUCAGUGCACAGCAAAAAGCAGUCUGAAGGAUUCUUCACGAAGUUUUCAGUGCUCUGUUUGCAAUUCUUCCUUCAAUUCAGCAUCGAGUUUUGAGCAGCACCAGGAGACUUGCCGGGGAGAUGCCAGGUUUGUGUGCAAGGCCGACAGCUGUGGAAAGAGGCUGAAGAGCAAGGAUGCCCUCAGAAGACACCAGGAAAAUGUCCAUGCUGGCGAUCCUAAGAAAAAGCUCAUAUGUUCAGUGUGCAAUAAAAAGUGUUCUUCAGCAUCAAGCCUACAGGAACAUAGAAAGAUUCAUGAGAUAUUUGAUUGUCAAGAAUGUAUGAAGAAAUUUAUUUCAGCUAAUCAGCUAAAACGUCAUAUGAUCACUCACUCAGAAAAGCGACCCUAUAAUUGUGAGAUUUGUAAUAAAUCUUUCAAGAGGCUUGAUCAAGUGGGCGCCCACAAAGUAAUACACAGUGAAGAUAAACCUUAUAAAUGCAAGCUUUGUGGAAAGGGAUUUGCCCACAGAAAUGUUUACAAGAAUCACAAGAAGACCCAUUCUGAAGAGAGACCAUUCCAGUGUGAGGAAUGUAAAGCUUUGUUCCGGACCCCAUUUUCUUUGCAGAGACACCUUCUCAUACAUAACAGUGAGAGGACUUUCAAAUGCCAUCACUGUGAUGCUACCUUUAAAAGGAAGGAUACUUUAAAUGUUCAUGUCCAGGUGGUCCAUGAAAGACACAAGAAAUACAGAUGUGAGCUAUGUAAUAAGGCAUUUGUUACACCCUCAGUGCUUAGAAGUCACAAGAAAACCCAUACUGGAGAAAAGGAGAAAAUCUGCCCAUAUUGUGGCCAGAAAUUUGCCAGCAGUGGUACACUGAGAGUUCAUAUCCGUAGCCACACAGGUGAGCGGCCCUAUCAAUGUCCUUACUGUGAAAAAGGAUUCAGUAAAAAUGAUGGACUGAAGAUGCAUAUUCGUACCCAUACCAGGGAGAAACCUUACAAGUGCUCAGACUGCAGCAAAGCCUUCAGCCAGAAGCGAGGCCUGGAUGAGCACAAGAGGACGCACACCGGAGAAAAGCCUUUUCAGUGUGAUGUUUGUGACUUGGCUUUUAGCCUGAAGAAAAUGCUGAUCCGACACAAGAUGACUCACAAUCCCAAUCGUCCCCUGGCAGAAUGCCAGUUUUGCCAUAAGAAGUUUACAAGGAAUGACUACCUCAAAGUGCACAUGGACAAUAUCCAUGGCGAAGCUGACAGCUAA